AUGACGGCCAUAACCAAGAAUUUGCCCUGGUUCAUCAAGGACCUCGGCGUCGGGAUCAUCGGAAAGGAAUGCUACACCUCGCUCGUCGAGGAGCUCAACGUCACCGACGUCCCCUGCCUAAAGUACUCGUUGUCUAAAGGGUUGGGCGUUGGCAUCGUUGUCGGCGGGUCCAUCGUAAAAGUCCCCCAAAUCCUCCUGAUUUUGUCGGCUAAAAGCGCACGGGGACUGUCGCUGCCGGCGUACAUCCUCGAAACGCUGUCAUACGGGAUAACCCUAGCCUACGCCACCAGAAACCACUUCCCCUUCUCGACAUAUGGGGAGAACCUUUUCUUGUCGAUCCAGAACGUUAUCAUAACACUUCUGAUCAUCUCCUACAACCCAGCAAAGAAGAACAAAUCCAACCAGCUGUUGGCGACAGGGCUGACCGCGGCAGCCACCGCCUACGCACUCUCUGCAAUCCCAGCUUCAACGCUCACCUUCCUCCAACUCCUUACCCUCCCGCUCUCCCUCCUCUCCAAACUCCCCCAAAUCACACAAAACUACCGCGCACAGUCCACUGGGCAGCUCUCCGCAUUCGCCGUCCUCUCCCAAGUCGCAGGCUGCCUCGCGAGGCUGUUCACCACCAGCCAAGAAGUCAAAGACCCGCUCGUCGCAGCCGGGUUCUUCCUCGCGCUCCUCCUGAACGUCGUCCUCGGCGCCCAACUCUACAUGUACUGGGGUCAAUCCGAGAAAGUGCUCACCACCGGCAUUUCCGAGAAGGACGGAGGAGAUCAUUUAAAAGAGCAUGGUCUUGGUGGUGGGCCCGGAUCAACCCCCGCCAAGGGAACCAGUACCGCUACGACCCACUCCGCAACCGAGGCCAUAAGAGAACGAAGAGCAUCGCCGCCCUCGUUUAGCCAGCCUUCGCCCAGGCUUGCUUCCCCCGCCCCCUCGCCGAUUGGCCUUGGAAGGGUGUCGAACCCGCCUUCGCGCCAGGGUACACCUGUUGGUGGACGGAAGUGGUCGAGGAAGGUCGAUUAG